AAAUCCAGAUCCACAAUUAUAUAUAUAGUCCUCUUGGAACUUCCCUUUGGCUGUAAAUUAGAGGAACCAACCACAAAUGGAGUUGGAGAGAGGCAACAACAACAACAUGGCUAAAGAUGAGAAGCAGGAGAAUAUGGAGGAUUUUCAAAGGAAGAAGAAGAAGCUUGGAGGGUUCAGAACAAUGCCAUUCAUCCUUGGAAAUGAAAUAUGCGACAGAUUUGCGACAACUGGGUUCCAUGCAAACAUGAUAACGUACCUGACACAAGAGCUUAACAUGCCGCUGGUGGCGGCCUCCAACACCCUCACCAACUUCGGUGGGACUGCCAGUUUCACGCCAUUGAUUGGUGCUUUGAUUGCUGACUCCUUUGCAGGCCGCUUUUGGACCAUCAUGGCUGGUUCUAUUAUCUAUGAACUGGGAUUGGUUAGCAUCACCAUAUCAGCAGUAUUGCCAAAGCUUCACCCUCCACCAUGUGCAACUCAAGAGAACUGCAAGGAAUUAAGCUUCAGCAAUGCAGCUUUGGGUCCUCUACAUCUCUCUCCUCCUUACAUCUAUUGGCUCAGGUGGCAUCAAGCCUUGUGUAGUUACCUUUGCUGCAGACCAAUUUGACAUGACCAAAUCAAGUGUAGCUGGCCGAAGCUGGAAUUUGUUUAAUUGGUAUUACUUUAGCAUGGGAAUGGCAACAUUAACUGCCCUAACUGUAGUGGUUUACAUCCAAGAUAAUGUGGGUUGGGGCUGGGGUCUUGGAGUCCCAACCAUAGCCAUGUCCUUGUCAAUCUUAGCCUUUUUGUUUGGUUUCCCUCUUUACAAUAGAUUAAAACCAGGGGGUAGCCCCUUGGUUAGAUUGACUCGGGUGGUUGUUGCAGCCCUGAAAAAGAAGAAACAAGUUGUACCAGAAGAUGCAGGGCUCUUGUAUGAAAAUAGAGAACUCGAUGCUGAUAUUUCUGUGCAUGGA